UUGACAUGUCGGUGUCACUCGGUCAGCUGAUUGCGGCUCGUAAAGCCUCUUGGUUAGCCAGUUUAGUUAGCUUAGCUUAGCUGGAUGUUUGUUUUUGUUAACGUUACUGCAUAGGCGGCCUUUAGCGCAGCCCAGAAGUUCCAACGGUCUUCUAUUAACUUAAUAAACUCCCGUACGGUCGGUAGCUGCCGGUGAAGCUGCCGUUAGAGGAGCGGCGGUGACCGAGACAGGAGAGGGAAGCGGUGAAGUUGCCUCUCCGCGUCUCUGCAUUGCAGCCCGGCGCUGCUGAUGGAAUUCAAACACACAACAAUGGCGACUCCCAGUCCUAACAACUCAACAACACCUAGCAGCCACAACAGCAGCAACAACGCGGGAUCUGCGACGCACCACCACCAGUCCCAGUCCCAGCACAUCACCACCAUGAGCAGCAUGCAGGAGUCCAACACCUGCUGGAGAUGUCAGAGUGAAACAGGGUUUCAGAUAAACCUGUCUGGAGCUCCCCCAAGUAAACGUAAAGCCCUGAAGCUCAACUUUGCCAACCCUCCGAUCAAACCCACGACUAGGUUCACACUGAACACGGCCGGACCGCCCUUUCAGAACCCACACAUAGAGAGGCUGAGAACACACAGUAUUGAGUCAUCAGGAAAGCUGAAGAUCUCUCCGGAGCAGCACUGGGACUUCACGGCCGAAGAUCUCAAAGAUCUGGGCGAGAUCGGCCGAGGGGCUUACGGAUCCGUCAACAAGAUGGUGCACAAGCCAAGUAACCAGAUCAUGGCAGUCAAGAGAAUUCGGUCAACAGUUGAUGAAAAGGAGCAGAAGCAGCUGCUGAUGGACCUGGACGUGGUCAUGAGGAGUAGUGACUGUCCUUACAUCGUGCAGUUUUAUGGUGCUCUGUUCAGAGAGGGAGACUGUUGGAUUUGUAUGGAACUUAUGGCUACCUCUUUAGACAAGUUUUACAAAUUUGUAUAUUGCUCGUUAGACGACGUGAUUCCAGAAGAAAUAUUAGGAAAAAUAACAUUAGCUACUGUGAAGGCACUUAACCACUUAAAAGAAAACUUGAAAAUAAUACACAGAGACAUUAAGCCGUCAAACAUCCUCCUGGACCGGAACGGCAACAUCAAGCUGUGUGACUUUGGCAUCAGCGGUCAGCUGGUGGACUCUAUCGCCAAAACCAGAGAUGCAGGCUGCAGACCAUACAUGGCACCAGAGAGAAUAGACCCCAGUGCAUCCAGACAAGGUUACGAUGUCCGCUCAGAUGUUUGGAGUUUGGGAAUCACACUGUAUGAGCUAGCCACAGGACGGUUUCCCUACCCAAAGUGGAACAGUGUGUUCGAUCAGUUGACCCAGGUGGUGAGAGGAGACCCGCCGCAACUCAGCAACUCUGAGGAGAGGCGCUUCUCACCCAAAUUCAUCGCCUUUGUCAACGUGUGCCUUACAAAGGAAGAAUCGAAAAGGCCAAAGUACAAAGAGCUACUGAAAGACCCGUUCAUUCAGAUGUACGAGGAGCGCUCGGCCGACGUAGCCGGUUACGUCUGCAGGAUCCUGGACCAGAUGCCAGCUUCCCCCAGCUCCCCCAUGUAUAUGGACUGAGAGCAGGACGAGAUACAUCAGUGAAUAUACACACCCCUCUGCAACAACAACAGCAACAAAAAAAGGCAACUAAGUAAUCAAAAAUAAAUCCUCGUGUAAAUUUGCUUGGUACCCUUAUUGCAGUGUUAAAAGAGAAAUGUAAAGCCUAAAAAAAAAAAAAAAAAAAAAGCGCCACUUGCAAUAAAAGCGGUGUUCAUUUCAGUCAUGUCUGUAUAAUAUAUUAACUCACUUCUGUUUCUCUCUUGUUCACAAACACACAGACGCACAGUCACUUAAGUAUAAUAGCAGCUGAAUCAAUCAAUCAUGACUCAUCUUGAUGAGGAUGCAUCUCAGUGAUUAGUAACAGUGAUUUAAAGAAGAAGACAAAAAAAAAAACCAACAACCUGGAACUUGUAUUUAUAGAACCAAAAAUCAGGUGGCAUAUUUGAUUUGGAGACUCUUCGGCAUACUGGAAUCAUGCUAUUUGUGAAUUGUCCCACCUCUUCCAUGUACGUGAAUGAAAGCAUUGUGUUUGGUAUCUUAUUGGAACUGUGCUUCUCUGGGUAUAAAGCGGCUUAAAAGUGUUGGUGGUCAGAGUCCUGUCAGAUCUGCAGUCCAGUCAGCGCUGACUGUGCAGUGGACUCCAUGCUGAUAUAUGAAUAAAGAGAGAGAAAGAGAAGGGAAAA